UUGAUUUGUCUUUUCUUUUGUAUUUGGUAAGAUAGGAAAUGGGAAGGAAGUUUAACUCACAACGGUCUUUGGUCAGUGGAUCCUCUAAAGUGCAACCGUGUUGCCAAUUUCAUUAGUCUCGUUUCUUGACUUGUUUUGAGAUCCUAGACACUCAUCCAUGCUCUUACUCCCAUACUCUUACUUCCAUUAUUUUUCCCUAUGUGUAUGUUCCAAUCAUCUUCCUCUUUCUCUUCCUUCUCUCAUGGAUUCACCACUGACACUCGCUAUGGUUUUACUGAAAAUCUCUAUAUUAGAGAUAUAGAUUAGUGACAUAUUAGAGGGACACUUUUACUCAUUUGUAACUUUCUAUCUUCAUCAAUACAAAAGAGUUAUUCACUUUUCUCUCAUUCCUUCAAUGGAUGACAUGUUUUAUAACACUCUACAACGCUCUAUGUGGAGGUGGAGUCUAUUGGGAAAAACCCAUGUCCCACAUCGGAUAGAUAAAACUCUUGAUAAGAGUUUAUAAAGAGGAGGCAAUCCUCACCUUACAAGCCGGUUUUGUAAGGAUGAGUUAGGCCCCAAAUUUCAACAGAGUCCACACCUUCAUUGAUGAUACGGAGCUUUAACGAGGGGACGAAAUCACACCAUCACUCUCAAGGCCAUUGAAGAGUCCAGGAUUUUCAUUCCAAUCUUCUCUAUCAACUAUACUUCUUCUUCAUUUUGUUUGGACGAACUUGUCCACAUUAUUCACUGCUUCAAGGCAAAGGGUUGCUUAGUUCUGCCUAUUUUCUAUGAUUGAACAUUCUCAGGUGCGGCAUCAAACUGGGAGUUAUGAAGAGAGGUUCCAAAAUAACAAAGAAAAGUACAAUGACAACAUGAAGAGGCUGAAUAAUUGGAAGAUGGCUGUCAACCAAGCAGCUAACUUGUCCGGCCACCAUUUCAAUCCUAGGAAUGGAUAUGAAUUCGAGUUUAUUCAACAAGAUUAGUCGUGUCCCUUUACAUGUUGUUGAUUACCCUGUUGGCCUGCAGUGUCGAGUCCCAAUAGUAAAUUCACUUCUAGCUGUUGGAUUUAAUGACAAAGUCAAGAUGAUAGGGAUCUAUGGACCUGGAGGAAUAUAUGUUAUGUGCUCAUUAUGGUCAAUGCAUGAAAUAUCAUAUUGGAGUGUUGGUUAAAAAAUCUCUUCUAAAAAUUUGUCCUCGGGGUUAUGUAACAUUACAUGACUUGAUAGAAGACAUGGGUAAAGAAAUUGUACGACAAGAAUCACCAAAAGAGCCUGGGAAGCGCAACAGGUUGUGGUUCUAUGAAGAUAUAUUUCAAGUUUUAGAAGGAAAUUCAGGGACAAGUCAGAUUGAAAUUAUACAUUUGGAUUUUGCAUUACCUGAAGAAAUAGUAGAAUGGAAAGGAGAUGAAUUCAAGAAGAUGAAAAACCUCAAAACACUUGUUGUUAAAACUAGUUUCUUUUUCAACCCUCAUGUACAUCUUCCAAAUAGUUUAAGAGUAUUGGAAUGGCAUGCAUUUCCUUUACAUGAAAUACAAUCUGAUUUUCUUCCAAAGAAUAUUUCCUUAUGCAAGUUACCAAACAGUGGCCUUACAUCAUUUAAGUUGGCUAACUCUUUGAAGGAAAGGGGUUAUCAUCUGUUGCCAAACCAGAGUGAUAAACCAAGUCCCAUGGUGUCCACAAAUGUACAAUCUCUUGUGCAUAGAAAAUGCAACCGAACAGAUGAAUCUUUUCCAAUAAUUCUCAAGUGGUUUGCCAAUAUGACACACUUAGACUUAUUGAAGAGUAAUUUCACAAUUCUUCCGGAAUGUCUUCAAGAAAUUAGAUGGUUUCCGCCAAAUUUAAAAUGCUUGUCUGCAUUGAAUUGUAAAUCAUCAAGUUCCUCAUGUAGAAACAUGCUACUGAAUCAGGGAACAAGCAGAAUUGAAAUUAUAUGUAUGGAUUACCUGUCAUUGGAUGUUGGAGACGUAAAAGUAGCAUGGAAAGGAGAUGCGUUCAAGAAAACAAAAAACCUCAAAACUUUGAUCAUUAAAAGUGGCUUCUUUCCCAAAGAUCCCGGACAUCUUCCAAAUAAUUUGAGAUUUCUAGAAUGGCAUAGAUAUCCUUCACAUGAAGUUUGCUUAAAUCAUUUGAGUCACCUUCCUCAUUGAAGGAGCUGCAUAUAUCUGGAAAUACGAACAUUCGUAUGGCAGGAUCUGCAAGGAUUCUGGAGUGGUUUGAGCACCAAUGUAUUUAAUUCUGGUACUCCCUCAGUGAAUUUCAUUCAUUAAGACCCAAUCUGUUCAUCAAAGACUAUGACUGUCAAAGUGGUCUUGGACAUGGUAGUAAUAUCGGGGUAGAACCGAAUAAUACGUAUCUAUACGAUCUUCAACUGGAGGAUAUGCGGUUCAAUUCUAUACUGCACAAUGCACUUCUGAAAAAUGAAUGGAUCCAUGUAGAGAUUACAUGCAGGUCUUUGAUGAUGACAACACUCGUUACAGAUUUUGGAAUCCAUGUAUUAAAGCAGAAAAGUAGCAUGGCGGAUAUUCAAUUCACCGAUCCUUGUAAAAAGAGAAAAUUAUUGGAUUGCGAAGACGAUGAUUGCAGUAGUUCAUGAGCAUGAUGCUAUCGAGACAUGUUUUAUGUUCAAGCUGGUAUCUCUUUUGUUGGAAUUGGCUUCAAAUUUGUGGUCUGGAAGAACAGAGCAAUCGUGACACGAUCUGAGAUGCCGUGAGCCAAGUUUGCAGGGUGCAAAAUCGUGGCACGAUCUUGGGAAAUCGUGACACGAUCCAGAAACUUGCUGGUUAAGUAUCUCUGAUAAGGACUGGUCAACCUGGGGACCGUUGCAGAUCGUGACACGAUCUAGGGAAAUCGUGACACGAUUUCUUCAGGGGAGGACUAGUAUAUAUUGUGUUCUUGUGCUUUUUUGAAAAAAAACCUUAAGAGAACUUAAGAGAGAAAACUUGGAGAUCAAAGAGGGGAUCCUAUGGGGUGUGUGCCUUUGAUGAGAGUGUUUCUUAGGUUGGGAAAAACAUUGUAAUCACCUUGGGAUUUAGGGUUCAUAGUGUGAGAGUGGGAAAAUACCAAAGGGUAGAUCUAGGGUUUGUUCAUGUGUAAAGCUUGAAAGCUAAAUUCUUGUAACCUUUUGUAACACUUUCUCAUAUUGGAUUGGAGAGCUGCUCUCUCCCCCAGAUUAGGCCACAUUGGCUGAACUGGGUCAACAAU